AAAGCCCUAGGAAACCUGACCUUUAAUUUUUCUCACCAUUCCUUGCAGGGAUUGUGUGAUUGUUGGAGCGCUGCUUCAGUCUAUUCUAUUUUAACCAUUUGCAUUUAAGAUGCAAUUAUGCACCUCUGUAAUCAUUUCCUGAGGCACCGGGCCACCUUGGGAGUAUGUUCUUGUUGAAGUUCCUACCUGGUCUUUAUAAUUCAUUUUAACAAAAUAUUUUGGACGCCAUUUAUCCUGUUGUAGUGCCCAAAUUCUAUCUCGAGGAUUAAAUAUGUGCGUGGCAAAUAUUUUUCCCAACUAAUCACUUCAAAUGUAAUUAGAUAGCUCAGGAUGUUAUAAAAACAUGCUAACCAAAACAUAUUUAUGUUUUUUGACAUGGUAAUGUGCUGGAGAACUCUAAUAAACUUUAAUCUUUUAAAUAUUCUUCAAUCGAAUAAAAGCACACAGUGAUUAAACCUCACAAAAAAAAGGGCAACUGUUAGGAAUUCACAUUUUAAGUUAAUUUUGCUUUUUCUCAAACCAGUGGACAGUGUGUUUUUGAGAGUUUUAAGUGGGAAGCACUGCUUGGAACACUGGGCAAAAAUAUUUUAUGUGCACCUAAAUUGAUGAAGGUUCAGUUUUGUAUUUGUCUUGUAAACAAGGCUUUAAAUUUAAUGUGAUUAAAAAAGCGAAAUUUCCAAUCAAUAGGCUGCUUUUCCCCUUAUUUUUUUCUGGUUGGACAAUCUAACUUUAUGACCCCCAAACAUAAAUAUAUGUAUUGACUGGUGGUCUAAUAUAGGUGGUCCAGUUAAGAGUCCUGGACCCAGAUUUGGAAGACCAGUGUGAUUGAGUUGUUGGUAAUUGGCAAGUCGCUUAAGUUCUCUCACUCCUCAUUUCCUCAUUGUUGGAUUUCUUAAUUCACAGGAGUAUUGUGAGGAAAACAUUUUAUAAACUUUAAGGCACUAUGAUCUGGGUCCCUCCCAUUUCCUACUAUUUGUGAUUCUAUUGUAUGAAUAAAUGUGAGUUAAAAAAAAAAAGUUGAUGCCCCUCAUUCGAUAAGAGUAGAACAUCUUUAGUAGUAAAUCUUGGACUUGGAGUUGGGAGACUUUAGUUUGAAUCUCUGCCAUGACACACUGGCCACUUAUGCUAUCACAGGCAAGUCCUUUAGCUCCUCUGAAUCGAAGUUUCUUAAUUUGCAAAAUGGAAGGAACAAAAAUAUGUAUUCCAGUCUCUUAAUGCUUCAAAUCCUUUGUAAGCUUUCAGGUACUGUGUAAAUAUAGAUGUUAUUCCAGUAGUAGUGAAGAAUUUCUGUAGAUUUUAUUUGUACACUUUAAUUGACAUAUGUAUGUGUGUGUAUGAGAUUUUUUUGGAAAUGCAUGCCAAAUACCAAUUACAUUCUCUGUUCUUGUAACCUUCAUUUACCUUCAUCUUUUACCUAGCUGGUAAAAAAUGUGACAAAGGACAAGGUAAAGGAAACCAUGAUAUUCGAAGAAUUUUGUGAAGCACUAAAAUGCCAAGAAAAUAGUGGUGGAAAAGUGUGUGACUAAAUAUUUAGUAUUUGCUAUAGAUUAAAAAUCAUGCCAUGUAUUAUGCAGAGAUUAUAUGAUUUUGUGAGAUUCUGUCUUUAUCCUUGAGUACACUGCCUAUUUUAUCAAGAUAAAAUGUGAAAUGAAGGUAAUUUGAUUAUUUAUGAAUGUUUGAUACAUAUUUUAAGAUAUAAAUUAUUAUCCUGGUCUUUACCCCUUUAAGCAUGGGCCUGUACUUCUUAUUAAAGGUGGAUAUUGAUAUCGGAGGUUCAAACCUUGAGGAACUCGCUUCUCUUUUCUAGGUUUGUUCUAAGGAUCCACUUCAUCUCAAUAAACAAAUUAGAUAUUAAUUAGAAAUUUGCUCUGAAGGUCAAAAGUUUCCAGAGGUUUGAACUGAAAUUUGGAUACAAUGUUACAGUAGAUAUUGUUGAUGGCAUCUUAGUCACAAGCAGGACAUUGUGGCAGGACAUUAAUUUUUUAAAAAUGAAUAUGUCUAGUAUUGCAUUAAGAGUGGAAACUUGGCUUUCUUCUGCAUGGCAUAUUAAAGUACCCAUGACAUGGCUGGAAGCUUGUAUUACUUGGAUUCAAGAAGAAAAUAAUGAUGUGAGUUUGACUCAGGCUCAAAUGAAUAAACAAGUCUUUGACCAAUGGCUUCUUACUGAUCUAAGAGAUUUGGAAUAUCCUAUUUUACCUGAUAAGAUUUUGGAAGUUCCAAAAGGAGAGCUAAGUGGUUUUUAUUCUUUGCAGAUUAAUUCAUUGGUUGAUGUUAGUCAGCCUAUGUAUUCCCAGUUGCAAAAGUUGAGAGGACUGAACAGGUCAAAUGAUCAAGUAACAGCUGAAACACAAAUAUCCUUAAAACCUUGGGAAGCAAAUCCUACACGAAUGCUAAUGUUGCAGAUAACUGAUGGUGUUAGGCAAAUACAGGGCAUGGAAUACCAACCCAUUCCAGCUCUUCAUCAAGCUAUUCUUCCAGGUACAAAAAUUCUUAUUCAUGGAAAAGUUUCUUACCGUCUUGGUGUUCUUCUCUUGAAACCAGAAAAUGUGAAGGUGCUAGGGGGUGAAGUGGAUGCUCUUGUUGAAGAACAUGCCCAAGAAAGAAUACUUGCAAGACUAAUUGGAGAGCCUGAUUCUUUAACUUCAACCAGAUCAAAUCAUAGCCAAUGCAUUCCUGUUCUUGCAGAUGGACUAGAAUCAGCAUUAGAACCUUCAGAUGAAGAACUUCUAGCAAGCCUUGAUGAAAAUGAGUCAAUAGUGGUCAGUAAUGACACUCAUUUAGAAAGUGGCUAUUUUAGCAGAAGUAUUUCAGACUCUAUCAGCAAUGUGAUUUCUAGCUCAGGACUUUCGUGCAUUACACCAAGAAAAGAAGAAAAUUUAGCAAAUCCAUUUGUGAAUUUCACUGAAGGGGACGUAGAUGAUUUUUCACUAGAGGAUGUCUUGUUUUUAGAGGAGACUGUUCAGAAGGAACUUCAGGAGACAGAAGAAAGGAAUUCAUUGACAUUGAACAGAGGCAGUGACAAAAAUAUAAAGAGACAUUCACAGAAACCUAGUAUUUCAGAAGAUUUUUCUCUGGUUAAUAUAAAUGAAAAAAAUGUUCAGAAUCAAAAGAUCUUAUUUGAACAAAUAACCAGUAAAGACAAAUCUUGUAGUUAUCUAUCCAUGAGAGAUCAAAAUCCUAGCAAUAUUUUGUCAUUUGAAAAUAAUGCACACCUGCCCCAGGAUUUCAUAGUUAAACAUAAAAGCUCAGAUAUAUAUGAAAAAAUUAAUCCCCCCCUGGGCAGUUUAGAAAACUAUAUGCUAAAUGAUAAAACAUUAAAAGCAGAACUAGUUAAUGAACCAAAACUAAUUUCAGAAAUCAGUAAUGAAAGCAGUUAUAUACAUCCUAGUUAUUUAAUAUCAUCAGAGAACAACUUGGAUCGAAUUUCUAUUGCUGUCAAUUUGGAUUCACCACCUUUUACUUAUAUUUCUGUCCUGUUAUCUAGAAAUUUAAAUGAAAUAACAACUGUGAAAGUCAAAGCUUUUAUUGUAACCUUAACUGGAAAUCUCUCAGGUUGUGGGGGCUUUUGGAGUAUAACUGCAAAAAUUUCUGAUGGUACUGCUUAUCUAGAUGUGACUUUUGCAGAUGAAAUACUAACAAAUAUGAUUGGGUUUUCAGUAUCAGAAAUGAAACAGUUAAAAAAAGAUAAUAGUCAGCAUAAAAAAUUACAGGAAGGUUUACAAAAAUGUCAGAGAGCUCUAAUAGAUUUGUGCUGUCUGAUGACCAUUACAUUUAAUCCUUCCUUGUCUAAAGGCAUAGUGUCAGUUCUACAAGAUGUAAAUAUGGAAGAUCUGCAAAACUUAAGGAGACGUUUGAAUAAAUAACAUCAAUUUUGAAUAAAUCCUUAAGUUUUGAAUAAAUGACUUACCAAAGCAGUAAUAGAAAAUAAUUGAAAACACUCACAAAUUUUGAGGAUUUGAUCUAAAAACCAAAUGUUAACAUUUUAGAUGUUUUAAUUCAUUUUGGGGGAUAAAAGGAGUAAAAAUCUAAAAUUAAAUUAGGUAUAAUUAUCCCCUCCAAAAUCUCUGUUUUAAUUUUUUUUUGGGGGGAAGACACCUCUCUGAAAGAAUGUUAACAUUUAGAUAAGAAACUGGUUUUUGUUAUCCAUCCCUUCUGAAGAUCAUUCCUAAUUUGUCUCCAGAAUGAUUUCUAAAGUGUUAUAUUAUUGUCCAGUACUGGGUUAUAUUAAUAAAAAUUGAUAAAAAUAAAACAUUUGAAUUUUAAAAUUUCUAAACAAAUAAUUUGUAUAUUUUUUAAAAAAAAUUGUUGUAAUCUCAGAGGACCAAAAUGCUGGUUUUCAGAUUCAAGUUACUCUUUUGAUUUUUAAUUUGCUGGUACUUGUUUUUGUGAUAUGAAACAUAAACUUUCCAAUGUUAUAUAUGAAAAUGAGUAAAUUAUUACAAAAAGACUUGUUUUGAUUGUUAUUCUAUUUUCAAAUGGUACUGAAAAGUUAAUAUCCAAGUUCAGGGAUUGUUAGCAUGUUUGGAUAAAAAUAAGCUUUUUAUCUUUGUUUAUAGAUAGUGCUGACUAGGUAGUGCUGACUAAACUGAAAAUUAUAAAAGUACACAUGAAUUUGAGGUUUUUUUUUUUUACCUUUUUAGUUUGCUAUAACUUGUUUU